AUGUGGUUCUCCAAGGCCCGGCGAGUUUUUCGCCUUUCGGUGUGCCGGCGGUCUUCAGCGUUCCUCGAACUCUACGGCCGGGCGCGUUCGACAGAAGUGGCUGAGGCACCGCCAGCACCGCAACCAUCGUGCAGCACUGCGCCUGCCGAUGAGGGGUGGGAAAGGUGCCAGGCGCUGCUGCAGCGCUUUCAGUCGCAUAUGUACAUCCACCCAGGUCGCGUGCCAGUGCAGCUUUGCAGAGAGACACUGACGGGCAUCGAACAGCUGCUCGCGUCAUCGCCGGCGCGCUGCUCCACCGCAGCUCGUAGACUCUGGAGGGACGCGCUGGCACUGCAUUCGUACUUGCCGAAGCAUGACGUUAAGGCGGCGGCCGACGCCGCAAGCGUGCUGCUUUUUUUCGACCAAGCCCACCUUGGCUGCCGUGUCUGCUCGCAGGCUGCUAGCCAUCCCCAGUUCCUUCAAGCACUCCGCAGCGAGACGGAGCUUGCGCACUGCCUGCGUCUUCUCAGCGUGCAUUCCAUGUGCGCAUGCGACUCGCAUGCGGGUUUCUCCGCCCACUGGGCGGCCGUCCUCGCUGACUCCCUGGACGAGGCGAAGCGUGUCAUCGCCGCGGCGGAUAAGUCGAAGCGGGCACCCAUGGCACGGGCAAUGGAGGUGCUGGCAUGGUCGCUAGACUGGCUGCAUCACCACAGUGGAACGCCAGACAGGGACGCGCUUAAGGCGCUGAAAACGAAGCUUCCUCAGUGGCUUCCGUUUCUCUUUGACGAGUUUGACGCCGCCGCCGCGCAAUCGUCGCUGGAGUCUCUGGCGCUUUUGCCGCCGCGUUGGCUGCUCACGAUGGCCACACACACGGAGAGCGACAGCGACGCGGCGACUCUAGAAAGGCUGCUGCGCCACGCGUUGGGCAAAGAGGAGCAGUGCCACGGCUACGCCGUGUUUCAGCUCUCCUCUCGCGUCGCCAGCGUCCUCGUGCGUCGCUUCCCCCACCACCCGAGCGCCGCUCAUGCGGUUGCUGCGCUUGGCACAGCCUUGCAGUGCUCGUCACUGAUCCCGUACGGCACAACGCGAGAGGGCUUCGACAAGACCCUUGGAGUGCUUACCUGCAUGUCUGGGGCGCAGCCUUAUUUUGCCAUGCAAGAGCUGCUGCGCAGCCACUCGGCUGAGACGGCGGCAAAAAUACAAGAACAGUACGGCGACCGACUCACUGGAAAUGCUGACCUCAACUGGAGCACCGCCCUCGCCUUCACGAUGCGGCAGGUGGAGGCGGCCGACCCUCACUGGCGUGUGUAUCUCCCAGAGACCCUCCGGCUUCUCAGCGAUGCUGGCAAAUUGAAGCAGUUUUGGAGUCUCCUGCAAGAGUACAACGCAGCGGAUGCAACCGCCAACAUCUCUGUGGCGGCGUCGCUAAGCUGCGCGAUGCAGCUUAGUGGGAGAUGGUGGCACGCGAUGGAGGUGUUGGACCUGCUUGCCGGCGCGCUACCGCCCCGGGACGCCACUGAAGAUCAGUUGAUGACGACUGCGUGCGCCGAGACACUGCGGGCGCUGCUGCAGGCGAAACGGUGGCAAGAGGCGCUGCGUGUGUUCCUGCUGGUGGGUGAUGCUCUUCAGCCGACGGAAUCGGCCGUCGUCUCCAGGCUGCUCACGUCGAUGCCGAUGUCUGCCCCUUGGAGAGCGGCCCUGGCUGUAGCGGCAGAGAGGGGACUGGCUUCCGACACCACUCGGAUCAUUCUGCGCUGUUUGCAUGCCGGCGCGUCGGCAGCCUUCCUGUCACACUCUCACCAACAGAAGAUGGCUGCCCCCAUCUUUGCUCAUCACGGUCGGUGGGAUCUUGCGCGCACCCUUGUUGAGCAGCGUCCCACCGACGUGUCACUGUGGCGUGCCCUGGUGCAGGCAAUGGAGCACUGCGCGGAUGCUGUGGAUGAGCCGACGGCGGCCACCGUCUUCUCUGCGCCGCUUCCGAAAGGCUACUGGGAUGACGUGUCGUUUGUGAACGCGUUCGCGCGUCUCUGCGUGCAGCGAGGCUGGCUAUCUCUCCUUUCGUCGCAUCUGUCCUGCCUUCUUGCACAACGAGUCUCCUCUGUGAUGCCGCUGUCGCGCCUUUGCGUGGAGUACGAACACCUCCUCCGCUUCCUCCAGUCGAAUCGCUUGCCGCCAGCUCGGUUUGUCUUUACAGACUCGUACGUUGUCCACCAGUUCAUGUCGUGUGUGACGAGCCGACGCGUGUCUGUAGUGGCGAAGCUACCAGCGGCGUCUGCGAGCACUAAGCGGCAAGCCUCUGCCCACCUGCGCGUCCCUUACGAGAACCUGAGUGCGCCGCGCCUAGACGGCGACGGCACUGCAACCGUGCGGGCCACGUCCGCUCCUGCCACCACGUGCCUCAAGGAGCAUUGCGUUUUCAGCAGUGCCAGCGGUCUUAUCGUCGGCUACAAAGUGCCUGCAUCCGCUCUCUUUGCGUCUGCGAGUGGACUCCUAAAGGUUCUGGGCAACAACGGAGUCUACUGUCUCGCAUAUCACAUGUCAGUCGCGAGCAGUGGCCUCUUUCUGCUCUAUCCCGCCUCUGCCAGUCUCACGUGGUACUCCGUCAAGCUGCGCGUGUGCCUAUGGGUGGCCGUGGUGCCGGCAGCGCCAUACGUGCCGUUGUUAGCAACAUCGUUUUUCGGCCGCUAUGCGAUGAGGUGGCGUAGCGGGGAGGGCGAUCGCCACGAGGUGGAGGCUCUCUUGGUUGCUGCGAAUGGGCGAGAGGCGCCACGCGCUUGGCGUUCUCUCAAGAUGGAUCUGAACGCGGAGGGCUGGGGACCGGUGGAACCCGAGGCAGGAGUCGGGGAUAUGUAUCACAUCCUGGAGCUCCAGGUCUCACGCUGCGCGCCCACCAAUGAGGGCGAUGCGAUACUAGCAGACGUGGGGGUGUUUGCGUGUCGCGAGCGUUCACUGAAACCCCUGAGCGCGGACGCUAUCGAGGCGGCGGAGUGGGGCUUGUGA